AUGGCUGCCAGACCUUCUCCCCCCAGGGUAUCAGGUCCUGGGACCAGGGCCACACCUGGGCAGACGGUGAGCUUCACCUGCAAGUCCCACGGUUUCUCACCCCAGAACAUCACCCUCAAGUGGUUCAAAAAUGGGAAUGAGCUCUCGCACACCCAGACCAGCGUGCACCCCACAGGAGAAAGUGUGUCCUACAGUGUAUCCAGCACAGCCCUGGUGACCCUGACCCCUGGGGACGUGCACUCUCAAGUCAUCUGUGAGGUGGCCCACAUCACCCUAUGGGGGAGCCCUCUUCGUGGGACAGCCAACUUGUCUGACACCAUCCGAGUUCCGCCCACCCUGGAGGUCAACCCACAGCCCACUAUGGCAUGGAACCAGGUGAACGUCACCUGCCAGGUGAAGCACUUCUAUCCCGGGAGCCUACAGCUGACCUGGGUGGAGAAUGGAAAUGUGUCCAGGACAGAAACAGGCUCGACCCGCUCAGAGAACAAGGACGGGACCUUCAACCUGAUGAGCUGGCUGCUGGUCAACUCCUCUGUGCACAGGGAGGACGUGACGUUCACCUGCCGGGUGGAGCACGAUGGGCAGCCAGCCACCACCAGGAGCUACACCCUGAAGGUCUCUGCUGGCCCCAGGGAGCAAGGCCUGGACAACACCCCUGGAAUAGUGAUGUCUACACUAGUUUCACACCUCAUCGCCCUGUUGUUUGGCCUCAAGGUCCUACUGGCCAUCAGUGUCUCUGCCAUCUAUGUCCACAGGAAGCAGAAGCCCUGA